AUCGCGAUGAGAUCUGAACAUUGUAGAAUCAGCUUUCAUUGUGGUCACAAUGUUUGUUCCCGCUCUCUUGACGUUGCUCCUUGUGGGCGCCAUCACUGGCAUGCCUGUCCAAGAGGACAUUUCUGGUACCAUCACCAUCACCAUCCGAUCUGAGGAGGCCCAAAUUCCGGAGGACAUCUCUGGGACCAUCUCAAUCAACUUCAGGGCUGAUGAAGUGCAGAAAAGGGAGGAGGAUAUCUCUGGUACCAUCACCAUCACCAUCAAGGCUCUGGAAGGAUGGAGCACAACCUCAAUCCUUCCCGCAAUCUUCUCUAAGAGAGAUGGACAGGACAUUAGUGGUACCAUAACCAUCAACAUCAAAUCUCAAGAAGAACAGAAAAGAGAUAACAUGGAAGAUAUCUCUGGUACAAUCACCAUCACCAUCAAGUCAGAAGAAGCAUGGACCGACUACAUUGGACCAGCCCUCCAAAUCGCUCAGGUUGUUGCACCUUUUAUUGGCAAGAGAGAGAACGCCCAAGAAGCGUGGACAGACUUUAUUGGUCCAGCCAUUCAAAUCGCAACCACUGUUGCACCUCUUUUCCUUGGCAAGAAAGAACUGACCCAAGAAUCAUGGACUGAUAUCCUUGGAACGGUACUUAAUGUUGCUACCACUGUUGCGCCACUUCUCCUUGGCAAGAAAGAACUGACCCAAGAAUCAUGGACUGAUAUUCUAGGAACGGUACUUAAUGUUGCUACCACUGUUGCACCACUUCUCCUUGGCAAGAAAGAACUGACCCAAGAAUCAUGGACUGAUAUCCUUGGAACGGUAAUUAAUGUUGCUACCACUGUUGCACCACUUUUCAUUGGCAAGAAAGAACUGACCCAAGAAUCAUGGACUGAUAUUCUAGGAACGGUUCUCAAUGUUGCUACCACUGUUGCACCACUUUUCCUUGGCAAAAAAGAUCUUACUGAAGACGUAUGGACUGACUACAUUGCACCAGCCCUCCAAAUUGCUCAAAUUGUUACCCCACUUAUCACUAAUGGAAAGAGGGAACUUACCGAGGAUGUAUGGACUGACUACAUUGCACCAGCCCUCCAAAUUGCUCAAAUUGUUACCCCACUUAUCACUAAUGGAAAGAGGGAACUUACCGAGGAUGUAUGGACUGACUACAUUGCACCAGCCCUCCAAAUUGCUCAAAUUGUUACCCCACUUAUCACUAAUGGAAAGAGGGAACUUACCGAGGAUGUAUGGACUGACUACAUUGCACCAGCCCUCCAAAUUGCUCAAAUUGUUACCCCACUAAUCACUAAUGGAAAGAGGGAACUGACCGAGGAUGUAUGGACUGACUACAUUGCACCAGCCCUCCAAAUUGCUCAAAUUGUUACCCCACUUAUCACUAAUGGAAAGAGGGAACUGACCGAGGAUGUAUGGACUGACUACAUUGCACCAGCCCUCCAAAUUGCUCAAAUUGUUACCCCACUUAUCACUAAUGGAAAGAGGGAACUUACCGAGGAUGUAUGGACUGACUACAUUGCACCAGCCCUCCAAAUUGCUCAAAUUGUUACCCCACUUAUCACUAAUGGAAAGAAGGAACUUAACGAGGAUGUAUGGACUGACUACAUUGCACCAGCCCUCCAAAUUGCUCAAAUUGUUACCCCACUUAUCACUAAUGGAAAGAGGGAACUUACCGAGGAUGUAUGGACUGACUACAUUGCACCAGCCCUCCAAAUUGCUCAAAUUGUUACCCCACUUAUCACUAAUGGAAAGAAGGAACUUACCGAGGAUGUAUGGACUGACUACAUUGCACCAGCCCUCCAAAUUGCUCAAAUUGUUACCCCACUUAUCACUAAUGGAAAGAAGGAACUUAACGAGGAUGUAUGGACUGACUACAUUGCACCAGCCCUCCAAAUUGCUCAAAUUGUUACCCCACUUAUCACUAAUGGAAAGAGGGAACUUACCGAGGAUGUAUGGACUGACUACAUUGCACCAGCCCUCCAAAUUGCUCAAAUUGUUACCCCACUUAUCACUAAUGGAAAGAGGGAACUUACCGAGGAUGUAUGGACUGACUACAUUGCACCAGCCCUCCAAAUUGCUCAAAUUGUUACCCCACUUAUCACUAAUGGAAAGAGGGAACUUACCGAGGAUGUAUGGACUGACUACAUUGCACCAGCCCUCCAAAUUGCUCAAAUUGUUACCCCACUUAUCACUAAUGGAAAGAGGGAACUUACCGAGGAUGUAUGGACUGACUACAUUGCACCAGCCCUCCAAAUUGCUCAAAUUGUUACCCCACUUAUCACUGGCAAGAAAGCCAUUACUGACUUUAUUAAUCCACUAAUUAUGAGUUAAGUUGUUUUGUAAUUGUAAAUAUAAAAUUAACUCAUCUACUUUUCCUAACAUCAUUUAAAAAAAGAUGCUAAUAUAUUCUAAUUUUACUACUAUAUACAUCUGUUUAUUAAAAAAUACCUUUUCAAACCUUGAAUAAUGAUGUAUAAUUUUCAACCAUGUGAAAAGUUAAUAGUGGUCAGUAUGAAGAAUUAUUGCCAUAAAAAUAUUUAAUAAAAGCGAUUACGUA